AUGUCUUCGAGCAGGAGUUUAAUCUCCUCUUCAGGGGGUCCCGUUGUUCUUUCUGGACAUGUGAAGAAGCUGAAGACUCAGAAGAAAAAAUACUUCGUGUUGCGUGGCGAAUCAGCAGGAUAUCCUGCCUGUCUCGAAUAUUAUGAUAGUAAAAAGAAGUAUGAGAACAGGCAGCCUCCGAAGCGUAGCAUCUUGUUGGACAGCUGCUUCAAUAUCAAUAAACGCGUGGACACCAAACACAAACACGUUAUCGCAUUGUACACAAAAGACGAAUGCUUCUGCUUGAUUCUGGAGAAUGAAAAAGAGCUGGAUGAAUGGCUGAAAGCGAUGCUUUUACUUCAGAGUGGAGAUGUAGCCGAUGGAGAGCAACCUCGGCCUAUAUUUGAACAUGUAUGGCAAGUCACAAUGCAGAAGAAAGGACUAGGAGAACGAAAGAAUAUUCAUGGUCCUUAUAGGCUUUGCUUAACUGAUCGAACAUUAAGCCUAGUGAAAAUUGGAGUCAAGGAUAACUCAGAUUCUAUAGAAUUUCCUCUAAUUUGCAUCAGACGAUGUGGGUAUAUGGAGCGUAUCUUCUAUAUGGAAGUAGGUCGUUCUGCAGUAACUGGUGGUGGUGAAUUGUGGAUGGAAGCUGAAGACAACAAUAUAGCAUACAAUAUGCAUGCUGCUAUUAUGAAUGCUAUGAGCAAUUCUAACAGUAGCAAAGAUGAUGUGGGACCACGUACAAGAAUACGUAGUUCUUCUGCCACUGAGGCUAGCAAGCCAAAUUUUGCCCUACAACACUGUCACACUGGACAAAAGUUCCAUAGUUCACCAUUGGAGGAACACAGGACGCACGAGGAGCAGGUGGAUCCAGUUCAAGAACAGGAGCAGUUUAAUCAGACUCAGAGUACCUCUUCUUGCAAUACAGUUACGGCUGUUGCUGGUACCGGGGCUGGGACUGCUGGGAUUGCCUCGACUAAUACCAACUGUGCCACUACCACUAGACGUCGUCAUUCGGUAGCGAGUCAUCCCCAUUCCGUCAAUAAUUCCCAAUCCAUUCAUGUUACAACAACAACUACAACUACAUCAACCACCACCACUAUUACCAUCACUACGACCGCUACCGUGACCACUACAACCACAACCGCGACAAUAUCCCAUCAGAGAACCCUGUCGCUGCCCUUAGCUGCCGUUAUUAUCAAUCAAAUGCAAUCAUCUAAAAGAUCAGUUUUACGCUGUACAAAAGGACGUGACAGAUGCGACAGUUUGCCGUCUAGGGCUCGCACCACCAGCGAAAGUCAUCCUACGUCGAUAUUAAGCCAUCCCAGGAAUCCACAUUUUGGGUCUCACGUGCUGAGACCGCACUCUAUGUACGUGAGAGGCGGCCUUUCCUAUUCUCCACCAAUUACAUCGAUACCUAUCAGUCCUGCAUCCGGUGCAUGUUCUACGGAUUCAGCGGGAUCGUCCCUCUCGAUGGAUGAUGGUGGCGAAAAUAUAUUGGAAGAGGGUACUGUAUCGAGAUACGGACAUUCUUUGACGCCAGACGAGCCUGUUAUUUUGGAGGAGAAUGGCGACGAUUAUGCUCUUUGGUCCACGUCGCAUUUGCAUCACAAAUAUUCGCCAAAUUUCAAAUCGCAUUCUCCUUCCCAGCAAAGUUCCUAUAUAGAAAUGUCCAGCCCUUGUGGAUCGAGUCCUGGCCGCAGUACAGCCUAUAUGCCAAUGAGUUUAGGAACAGGACACUCGCAUUCGAGGGCGUCAUCCCUCAUUGAGGAGUCGGAGUCGAGCACAUUACCGGAGGGUUACGUACCUAUGGCACCCGUUGGAAACAAUGGAUACGUUGACAUGGAUCCUUCACAUAAUCAUAAUGGCCAUUUUCCCGAUGAUCUGUCGCAUGGUGGCAGUAGUUGUUCCGUUACUUCCGGUACACCUAGUACAGAUUUGCGGUUCUCUGAGUAUCAUUUAGAUAAAGUAACAAGUUUCUUGCCACCAGGAGAGGAUUUGCAAGCUAGACCAGCAAGAGCUUAUUCUAUUGGCUCUCGACCAGAACCCGUUAACAGGCAUCGUAAGAAUAGAUUGGAUAUUACUCAGCAAGAAGCUAGCAGAGUUCGAGCUUUCUCUGUAGGUAGUAGAUCUAAGAGACCUGUGAUUGAGAGGUUAGCGAAUGUAGUCACUGCACCGUUACCUGUUGGUUGUGAGAGUACGACUUCUAAUAAGUCGAACUCAGCACCGUUAUUAUCAAGUUCCUGGGGACACAAUUCCGGUUGUUCUGUGACAUCUGAGCGCAUGGAAGAUUUAAUGGAAUUGGAUUUCACGAAACCCAGUAUUUCUACAACUUUUAAUUCACCGCCUUCAUCUUAUUCGCAGUCGCAAUCUCAGUCACAUUCAUACUCUACUGCCACCGACACUAGUUCCUACGUUGAUAUGUCUCCUGGACAACUAGCCUCGUCGACCACUGCUCCGUACGUCGAUAUGAGCCGCAUAAAUAAGAUCAAUCGUAAUAACAAUAACAAUACAAUCACUGCCAAUCAAAAUCAUAGUCACAUUCAUGUAUCGUCCUCUGCUUCCACACAUAAACCUGUAAUUACUACUUUGAAGCCCGUGGAAGAAGCAGAAGGAUCAUACAUGAGAAUGGAUGGUGUUUUGGGGGAUUGGUCACGUUCCGGUACAAGUCCUAAACAAAUUUCAUCUCCUAUGCAAGAAGAAUGCGUGCAAUCGAACGGACCACCAGGGGUCACAAGAACAGCACCAGUCGAUCUUCCACGGCGACCACCUUCGGACUAUGUUGAUAUGACUUUCAAAUCAAGAACAAGCUUAGAACAAGACUAUAUAAAUAUGAACAUGAGCAAUCGAAACAAUCGUAAAACAGCAGCAGCACGAACCGGUAGUCGCAAGGAGAAGUUGCGAUCACAGCCGAUCGCAAUCCAAGCGGGAAAUAAACCUAUAAAAACGCCUAGUUUUUUACCCUUGAAUGGAAGCCCAGAGUCGGAAAGUUUAGCGAGUACGCCAGCGUCACCUCCGCGAGCAACUCCGACAGGUUCCUCUGCGACUAUUUUCCCUUUUUCCUUGAACAGUCCUCAGUCACCUGAGAAAUCGUUCACUCAUGAAAAGAAUUCUGAUAAAUCUUCAGAGUUGAGUGUAAUUUCCAAAAGUAAUAGUAACGAUCAUACAAUUAUGGAACCUGUGAGUACUGGAAUCAGCACGAUCAAUUCCGUUUCCGUAACGGAAUCAAAUAAUACUUUGCCGAAAGUAAUGAAGGAUAGACCGUCUAGUCCUACAGGGAAGGAAAAUCAAGUUAAUAGAGUGAUAUCGAUCAACACUUUGACCUCCCAAGAUAACAACAUAUUAAAUACUAUAACGAAAAAGUUAGCUGAUUUAAAUGUAACGAAGCCACGGUUGAUCACUGCGUCUCCGAACACCAGUCCUACUCUAUCCGGUUUUAAGCCAACUAUUGAAAACCAAUCAUCGUCUCCCAAAUUAUCAGAUGAAACGCCAACGUCUUCACCUACAGCCACGCCUAGCCCAUUAGAAAAAGAGAAUUCUGAUAAAGUGCAAACUGGUGCGGAAAUUUUGCAUUACGCUAGUCUUGAUCUUCCCGAGGUCGGUAAUACGGCACCCGUUUCGCCUGCGUCUCAAGAAGGCUUCAGUUACGCUGAAAUCGAUUUUGCAAAACUUGCCCAAAAUUAAAUAACCACCGUUUUGGAUAUGUAGGUGGUGUAAUUAUAUUGGUGUAAUACGUGUGUACUUCACGUGUUGUGAAAAAGCUGUAUUGGCUCAUUGCCUUAGUCGUGUUUCUUUCCUUUUUUUUAAACUGCAUUGACAAGUGUAAACAGGGCAAUCGUUGUAACAUUGGUCGAACCGAACUAAUGGAAAUUAGG